CGGACGCAGCUGAGUUGCUGAGGGAAGGACUGGAGAUUCGAUUGCAUUGUGAAGGAAACGAGACGUGAACGAGAAGCAGGUGUGUGCGCGCCCAUUCACAUCUUACCACUGCAACACCCCACGCUCGCACUUAGCCACGGCAAUCGCGCAAGCGGCCUCGCAAACGCACCCUCACGAGCCUCUGAUACCUCCCCGCCGCCCCUUUCCGCUUCCUACCCCGCCGCCCGCUGUGCAGUACAAUACUCAUACGCUUCUCACAGAUAUACCCGGAGGAACCAUCAACAUGUCUUCCCUAUCUCGUCGUGCGUGCUUCAAGUGCGGAAACGUGGGCCACUAUGCUGGUGAGCUGCCCUUCCUGCGCGGCUGCCUCGAGGGACAAUGUCGCAGCGUUGUCGCAAGACGGCUCGUUCCACGGCUCUUGUGUCGCGCAAACACGCGCUGUGCAAUACAGCUAGGCGAACACAGUACUAACGUUGAAUCACAGAGGUGUGCUCAUCGUCUGAGAGGCUAUGCUACAACUGUAAGUCGUCUCCGCGCAACAAGGUUGAACGGUCGCUGAUCCAACAACAGGCAAGCAGCCCGGCCACGAGUCCAACGGAUGCCCUCACCCUCGCAC